ACUAGGAAGUUCCAACACAACCCACUUCGCUAGACGUUGUGCUCGGAAGCUGAAUAUCCCUCGUUGGCUUCUUUCUUUAUAAACAAAGCGAAACAGUUGUAUUUGGUUUGUUGGAAUAUCGUUUUAUGUAGGACCAAACAGCCUCAUUUUUACUUUGUAUCCUAUGUUUGUGCUGGAAUGCAUUAUUAUCGUUUGUGUUAGCUGUCUAGCUAACAAGCCAGCUGGCUUGCUAACAAACCAGCUAUCAGCUAAGGUUGUUUUGAUUAUUAUUGUGAACAGUAGCGUUACAUCUACGGUGUCUUGGCUCAGUUGUCCAGAGCUAUUACACGCUGAACGUUUUUUCCCAUAUAGUCCAGUGGAAUGGGGAAAUGAUUUUAUGUCUUACAAGCUACGAAGUAAAAGAUACAGUUCAUGUAAAACGUGAAUAUAGCACCAGCUAGCUGGUAAGCUAACUUUCACGUCAAACGGCAGUCGCCUUACUUUCGCUCUCACUGCUGGGGACCCUCUGUUCGUCCCUUACCCUGAACAGUGGAGGUCUGGCGAGCUUAAAAAGCUCUCUGUGAAUCGGAUCCAAUGCGUGGGAUGAUGGGGACCCAGAGUAGUCCUGUCAAGAGUUACGAUUAUCUCCUGAAAUUUCUUUUGGUGGGAGACAGCGAUGUCGGAAAGGGAGAAAUCUUGGAAAGUUUGCAAGACGGAUCUGUAGAGUCUCCUUAUGCAUACAGCAGUGGGAUUGAUUACAAGACCACCACGAUUCUGCUGGAUGGGAGAAGAGUGAAAUUAGAGUUAUGGGACACAUCAGGGCAAGGUAGAUUCUGCACCAUCUUCAGGUCUUACUCUCGUGGAGCACAGGGCAUUGUGCUCGUAUAUGAUAUCACUAAUGGCUGGUCGUUUGAUGGCAUUGACCGCUGGAUUCGGGAAAUUGAUGAGCAUGCCCCCGGUGUGCCCAGGAUUCUGGUAGGAAACCGACUUCACCUGGCUUUCAAGCGGCAGGUGCGAACGGAGCAGGCAAGGGCUUAUGCAGAGAAGAACAGCAUGACUUUCUUCGAGGUCAGUCCGCUCUGCAAUUUCAACGUCAUUGAAUCCCUCACAGAGCUUUCACGCAUUGUGCUGAUGAGGCACGGGAUGGACAAAUUUUGGAGGCCCAACAAAGUCUUCAGCCUCCAAGAUCUGUGCUGCCGUUCGAUCGUCUCCUGCACACCGGUGCACCUCAUUGACAAACUGCCCCUCCCUGUGGCCAUUAAAUCCCGCCUCAAGUCUUUCUCUAUGGCCAACGGCAUGAAUGCAGUCAUGAUGCAUGGACGCUCCUAUUCGGUGGCCAACAGUGCAGCCUCAGGUGGUAGCAGUGGUGGAAGCAAAGCCAACAGUCUCAAACGCUCAAAGUCCUUCAGGCCUCCACAGAGUCCUCCAAAGAACUCUUCGUCCUCCUCCAAGGGGAACUGUAAGAUUUCAUAGUGAAAAAGUGGACUAAUGGUUGCCUCCACAGGACCAAUAUUAAAGGUGUUGUUGCUCCACAAGGUCACGAAGCCAGAGACGAGCAUGGAGAGCUGCAAGCUGUCUUCAUCGGAAACGGAUAUAGCUGCGAACUUACGUUGACCUUUGGGAACUGCCUUGGAUGGCUGGGUUGUUUUCUGUUCUCUUUGCGCUUGCCGGUGCCAUCUUGUGGAUGUCCGUUUACUCUUACUCUUUACUACAGAGGCUCACUGUGAUGAAGUAGAACAAGAUUUCCCUGGGACCAACGGAUGUGAAUCAAGGAUUAUCACUCACCUGUUAACACUACAAAUGAGUGGAGGGACAUUAGCUAGCUUUUACGUGGAACGGGAUUGUUUAUUGGUAUUUAAAGUUGACUUGAAGUUGUAAAUAUACUGUAUGUGCUGUUGUUUUGGUCUGUGUUCAGUGAUUGUUCUUGGGGAGGAGCUUCUUGCUCUUGUUUUGUCUUGAAUGUGUCGGGAGCUUUGAUGCUCUGAUGUAAGACUUAUUUGUGUCUCUUAUGCUCUUCGCCUACCGUAGAAAAUUCCCUUUACAACCUCAAGGGUGCUGAGCUACUUAUUUAAAACUCAGAUUAGUUAAGUUUUACAUAAGACCGGCAUAAAUUGAAUGUCAUGAGCAUGCAGGGCUAGUUUCACAGAUACACUAGUACCGGACUUAAGAAAAAUUUAGAUGAGUAAUCAACUGAAAACAUUCUUAUUCUAGCACUAUUGACUCUGUGAAACUGUCCAGCAAAGUCAAGCCAAAUCGUCUUGUUUGCAAAGGUUUCCUGUGGUGCCCCUAAAUUUCAGCCCAAACAAAUUCACCAUCCCUCUCCAUCAGUCAUUGGUUCAGACAUCUGUUGACUUUCUAAAAGCAUUUAUGCCCCUAAAUCUAAUAUUCUUAGUUGUAUCAUUGCCUUAAAUGGUUUAAACUAUCAACAGCAUGAUCAAUUUGAAUCUGUUAACUCCUGGGGAAAUUCAAAAAGUGCUCGGAACUGGUGAGGAAACUUUGUGCAAAUCCAGAUGUACAGCUUGUUUGCUCAAUUAUGGCAUUUUGCCUUCAGAAUGUUCCGCAACGCAGGAUAUGGGUGUGAGGAACAUUUUAAUUUGAAUGCUUUUUGGAUAUUUUAUGUAUAUGCUAUGUAUUUAUGAAUGUAAAACAAUAUCCAUCUGCUACUUUCUUUGUGGCCAUGUGGGACUGUAAGAAUCAGAGGUGGAAAGUCACUGGGUAUUUCUGCUACUGUAAUAUUUUUAAUGAGCAUUGCUCCUUGUCUGAAUAUUUGUACUUUUGCUGCUUAAAUUAAUUCUAAUUUCCCAAGGUUCUUAAAAAUGUGUGUAUAAUAAUAGGAAGGAUUACAAUGGUUGUUUACAAAAAAUCUUUUUUUUUCUGGACACAAUGCAAUUACCAUGUAAUGUCAUGUGAACUUAGACUUUAGAAGUGGCACAAAUUCUUGUUGUUUUUAAAAAAAAAAAAAAGAUCCGAACUAACUAAUUUUUCUUUUAAAUAAUUGAAUAUUUUACAAUUUUUUUUUUUUAUUCUAUUAAUCUUAUAGAAAUUCUCAGUCUUCUUUCCAUCUCUGAUUCACAUUUGCUGUAUCUCCACAUCAAAAUUCCCAGUGUCAUGAGUGUAUGUAUGAAUAGGGUCAACGAGUGCAUAAAAAAUUGGUGCAUGUUCCAUGCUGGCGCCUGUUUUAUGUGGUGUAUGGUGUGAGACCAGUACAAUAGGCUAACAGAACUCUGGAGUGAACAUUGAAAGCACUAUAUGUAAUAUUUGAUAAGGGUUGUUGCUAUCAGAGCCCUGUGUCUAAAGGUUUGGAUACGGGAUGAAUAUAAUUUUGUCUCCACUGAAAACAGUCACCCAUCAAAAUAAAGGGUAAAAUUACAA